CAAAUUGUGUUGGAAAACCCCUUAGACAUCUUUAAUAUUGAAAUCAAAAUAGAAGAUGUGAAUGACAAUGCUCCCAAAUUUUGGAAAAAUGAAGUGGUGGUGGACAUUCCCGAGACUGUUCCUGAAAGUACGAUAUUCCCCUUGGAAUCAGCUCAAGAUGAGGACCUGGGAGAGAAUAGCAUCCAAAAUUAUACCCUCAGUCACAAUGAGCAUUUUAGGCUUGAAAUACAUAAGAAUGAAGAUGGAAGUAACAAUAUGUAUCUUAUUUUGAAGAAAAUAUUAGAUAGGGAGACGAUGCCACACCUUGAAUUGAUUCUAACUGCUAUUGAUGGAGGAGUGCCCAAGAAAACAGGCACAGUUCAAAUUAAUAUUAAUGUUCUGGAUAAUAAAGAUAACUUUCCUCUGUUUAGUAAGUCUGAAUAUAAGGUAAGAAUAAAGGAAAACAUUCCUAAGGGCACUCUGGUGAUUAAGGUGGAAGCCUCAGAUCUUGAUUUUGGUUCAUAUGCACAGAUCCUCUACUCAUUCCAUCAAAUCCCUGAAAGAAUAAGUAAUUUGUUCUUUUUAAAUGAAAGGACUGGAGAAAUCACUGUUUGCGGACAGAUGGAUUAUGAAAAAGAAAAGAGUUACAGCAUAAACAUCAAAGCAACAGAUGGAGGGGGCCUUUCAGGUCACUGCAAAAUACUGAUAGAGAUUGAAGACGUGAAUGACAACGCCCCAGAAGUGUCCCUCAUAUCUCUGACCAAUAGUUAUUGAAAUUCUUCCCCAGAAACACUGGUGGCCCUCUUUGGUGUCAGAGAUCAAGAUGGAGACCAUGGCAGAACUGCCUGCAACACUGAUGCAAAUCUACCCUUUAUACUAAAACUGACUGAAAACAAUUAUUACCAGCUUGUGACUCAACAGCCAUUGGACAGAGAACAAAUGUCAGAAUAUAACAUCACCAUCACAGCCACUGACCAAGGUUCUCCCAGACUCACUUCAAUGACAGUUAUUAACAUUCAAAUGUCAGAUGUCAACGAUAACCCUCCAAUGUUUGAAAGAUCUUUCCAUGAUUUGCACUUACGAGAAAACAACAUUCCAGGUCUGCUCAUUGGAUCAGUCCAUGCUGUGUAUGUGGACACAGAACAAAAUGCCAAAGUGACCUAUUCACUCUUGCCUGGGAAGGUCAGAGAUGGUCCUGUAUCAUCUUAUGUUUCCAUCAACUCUGAAACUGGGAACCUGUAUGCCAUUCGAUCUAUAGAUUAUGAGGACAUUCAAGAUUUUCAGGUGAUGGUGAGGGCUGUAGACAGGGGCUCUCCUGCACUGAGCUCAGAAACGAUAGUCCGAGUUCACAUCACAGAUGAAAAUGACAACGCCCCCUUCAUCCUCUGCCCACUUCAGAACAGCACUUCUCCAUCAAAUGAUCUUGUUCCCAGGGGAGCAGAGACAGGCUACCUGGUCACCAAAGUGGUUGCAGUGGAUGGAGAUUCUGGUCAAAACUCUUGGCUUUCCUAUGAAUUGCUGAAGGCCACGGACCCUGGACUUUUCAGCAUAGGAGCGCAGAAUGGAAAAGUGAAAACCAGGAGAGCCCUGAAUGAGCGAGACGCAAACAAACAGAGGCUCGUGGUACUAGUCAGAGACAACGGUCUUCCUCCUCAGACCAGCACGGCAUUGCUUAAUGUUCUUCUUGUGGAUGGCUUUUCGGAUCCCUUCCUGAGGAGGGUGGAUGUCAGUGUGCAAGAACCAGAAGAUGAUAAAACGUUGACCAAGUAUUUGGUGAUCUGCUUGGCUGCAGUCUCCUCUGUGUUCCUGGUGUGUAUUGUUGUGUUUAUUGUGAUCCAAGUCCUCAAGAAGGAUCCCCAAAGGAAUUUUACUGCUGCGCCUCCUCACUUCCCAGAUGCCAAUGUUGAUACCCCAGAGAACUGUGCUGAUUCACAGAAUGGGUCACUUUCCAGGACUUACCGUUAUGAUGUUUGUUUGACUGGUGGAUCCUUAAGUAGUGAGUUCCGAUUUCUCAGGCCCCUCAUUCCUGUGUUUUCGGUGGGAGAUGUUCAUGUCCCUGGGAACUGUAGGACUUCUUCUGGCGCCCAAGAUAAACCUGAGCAGUUUGUAGAUAUUGCAGCAACGAAACAGGCCAAAGUUCCUUUGUCUGAAGAUCCUGCUGCCAGAUCUGGAGGCCCAAGUUGCACUGUAAAUCAAGCAAUAGGUGCAAACAUGAACUCUGGUCAAAGUGACUGGCUUUCCUAUCACCUUAUCCUCACAUAUCUAAUCCUUUAUAUCCUGGAGACCCUCAAAGAUCCUUGCAAAAUCCAACUCCGAGCUUGUAGGGCAGCUGAGUACCAUCAGCUUAUUAAUAACAAUAAACUCAAACCUAUGAUUGAUCCUUCUCAGUGGCUUCAUAUUGUAAAGACAAUGGGAGAAACACAGAGUCUGCAGAGUUAUAAAAAGAAGAUCUUCCAAUGCCUUAUCACAAUAUUUGUUUGGAAAGCAAUUUCUGGGAACGUUCAUUAUGUUAUUAAAGAAGAAACACCAAAAGGCUUUUUUGUGGGGAACAUUGCAAUGGAUCUCGGAAUAGAUGGCAAUAAUCUUUCAGAAUAUGGACUACGGAUUGCUACCAGGACAGGUAUGAUUCAAUAUUUUGCCUUGAAUUAUAACAACGGCUAUUUACAAACCUCUGAAAGAAUAGACAGAGAAAAAAUCUGUGGAUGCGCAGAGAACUGUGUUUUAAGUUUUGAGGUUAUUAUUGAGAGCAAAAUAGAGAUUUACAGGGUUGAAGUGGAAAUUACAGAUAUAAAUGAUAAUGUUCCUCAGUUCACACCUGGGAAACAUGAAAUCAAAAUCAGUGAAUUAUCUACUCCUGGAUCCCAAUUUCCUCUACCUGAAGCUCAAGAUCCAGAUCUGGGCAUCAACUCUAUACAGAGAUAUGAACUCACAGGUAGUAGUCAUUUUUCUCUGGAUGUGCAAAUAAAAACAAAUGGUGCCAGACAGGGUGAGCUUGUGCUGAAAAAACAUCUGGAUCGGGAACAGCAAUCAAUUUAUGAUUUAAUCCUUACAGCUAGUGAUGGAGGUGAACCAGUGAAGACUGGAAGUGCUAUAAUCAAAGUCAUUGUUCUGGAUGCAAAUGACAAUGCACCAAUUUUUAGCCAACCUAUCUAUGAAGUCAGCAUUGAGGAAAACACUGUUAAAGGCUUCACAGUUGUUACAGUAAGAGCUACUGAUCUGGAUGAAGGACUCUAUGGAGAGAUAAAUUAUUCAUUCAAAAAAAUCACAAAAGAAGAUUCCAAAAUGUUUACUUUAAAUUCAACAUCUGGUAUAAUAACGAUUAUGGGGAAUCUUGAUUAUGAAGAAUCAUCCUUACAUGAAUUUGAAGUUAAAGCUGAGGAUGGAGGGGGAUUAAGUGAUUGGUCAAAAAUUGUGGUCAUUGUAAUGGAUCUUAAUGACAAUGCACCUGAAGUAACAAUAACCUUUUUCAUCAAUACUUUAUCUGAGAAUUCACCAAGAGGAACAGUUAUUGCCCUCCUUAAUGUACAAGAUGAAGACUCUGGAGUCAAUGGGGAGGUCACAUGCUCAGUUCCCAAUAACUUCCCAUUCCAGUUAAAAAAAUCUCUUACUAACUUCUAUAGGUUGGUGACAUACAAUGAUCUUGACAGGGAACAUAUAUCAGAUUAUAAAAUCAGCAUUACAGCUACUGAUCAUGGAAAUCCACCACUCAGUACAGUCACUGAAAUCUUUCUCCAGAUUCUAGAUGCAAAUGACAACUCUCCACAAUUUGUAGAAUCAAAAUAUACCUCCUACCUUCUAGAAAAUAAUCCAAAAGGAGCCUCGGCCUUUUCCCUCAAAGCAAGUGAUCCAGACUGGGAAGAAAAUGCCAGAAUAACUUACUCCAUUGUUGACAGCCAAAUGAGGGACAUUCCUCUCUCCUCCUACCUCUCCAUUAAUUCUGAGACAGGGACCGUCUAUGCCCUAAGCUCCUUGGAUUAUGAGGAGAUUCGGGAGAUUCAGUUCCAGGUCAAGGCUCAGGAUGGAGGAUCCCCACCGCUCAGCUCUAACGUCUCGGUGACUCUCUUCAUCUUGGACCAGAAUGACAAUGUGCCAGAGAUCCUGUACCCCUCCCCUCCCACUGAUGGCUCAACUGGGAUAGAGCUGGCCCCUCGCUCCUCUGAGCCAGGAUACCUGGUCACUAAAGUAGUGGCAGUAGAUGCAGAUUCUGGCCAGAACGCCUGGCUCUCCUAUCAGCUGAUCAGAGCAACAGAACCGGGGCUCUUCACCCUGGGACUCCACACUGGAGAGAUCAGGACCACUCGGCUGUUUCUGGAGAAAGACGCCCUGAAGCAAAUCCUGGAGGUUUUAGUGAAGGACAAUGGCCAACCGACUCUUUCUGCCUCAGUCACUCUCACUGUUGUUCUGGCUGACAACAUCCCCAAUAUAUUGACUGAACUAAACAGCAAUUCAGUUUCUGGAGAUUCAGAGUCAGAUCUCACAUUUUAUUUAGUAAUUGCAGUGGCUUCAAUCUCCUGUUUGUUCUUUACCUUUCUCUUCAUGCUCUUGGGAGUUAGACUUUUCAAGCGGAAACAUUCCCAGCUAGGUGACAGUGGAAGUAUUACCUGUGGUGUUCCUGUUACACAGUUUCUGGGGAUUGAUGGAGUCCAAUCAUUUCUUCAAUCUUAUUGUCAUGACAUUUCAUUGACUUCAGAAUCUAAGAAAAAUCAGCUUCUUUUUCCAGUUGGAAACUGUACAAGUAUACUGAAACCACAGAAGGCUCCAGAUGAGCCUGAUUCUUUGUUAAUACAAGGUGAUUCUACUCUUACUAAGGAGGAGACCACAAACUAUCAGAACCUCAGAGUGACAGAUAAAACCAUCCCAGUACCAAUUUCAGAUAUCAAUGAUAACCCUCCAGCAUUUGAAAAACCUUCCUAUGUUGCCUACAUUCCCGAGAACAACCCAUCCGGAAUGUCCAUUUUCCAAGUCAAGGCUUUUGACCCAGAUCUGGAUCGUAAUGCCCAAAUCACCUACUCCAUUCUUAACAGCAACGUCAAGGCCCUGCCUCUCUCCUCCUACGUUUCCAUUAACUCUGAGACUGGAACUCUCUAUGCUCAACGAUCGUUUGACUAUGAGCAGUUCAGAGAGUUCCAGAUCCAAGUGCAAGCCCAGGAUGGAGUGAUUUUGGCCAUUAUUAUGAAACUUCAGAGGUCAAGGAACCCCACUUUUCUCCAGUGCUUCAUUCCUGAUUCUCAUUCAAAGACGGGUGCCAUAUUUCCUCCAAAUUAUGAAGAUGGGACUUUGCCUUAUUCUUAUCAGAUCUGUUUAUCCACUGAGUCCAGGAGAAAUGAGCUGACUUUUCUGCAACCCAAUGUCCAAAUAGUGGAAAAUCUCCUUUGCAACAGUAAAUCUGAUACUUGUGUCAUGCUCAAUGGAGAUUGUUACCUAAAUUCUAAAACGGAUUCUGAAGAUAUGAAUAAAGUUGAUGAUAUGGUACUGAAGACAGUGAAUAUGUAA